AGAUCAAGGCUUAGCUAGCUAGUUGGUCAUUGACGGAAACGGAAACGACAGUUCAGUCAAAUUCCCAAAAAAAUUUUGAAACCCCAAAUUCCCACCAAAAUCAACCGCCAAUUCAUUUUCCCGCAUUUAAACGCCUCCGCCCAAUACCCACAAUAAAUAAAAUCCACCUCUCUCUUUCCCUUUUACGCUUCCUCCUCUUCUCCACUGUUCCUCCUCUCUAUAGCCCUCACUCUUCUCUUUCUCUUCGUUUUGCAGGUUCAAUUUCUUCCCCUUUUCCCUUUUAAUCGGUAGGAGAUGGCCGGAAAAGGCGGCAAGGGGUUGCUGGCGACCAAAACAACGGCAGCGAGCAAGGACAAGGAUAAGGACAAGAAGCGUCCGGUUUCCCGGUCAUCUCGUGCUGGCAUCCAGUUUCCUGUUGGUCGGAUUCAUCGCCAUCUCAAGUCCAGAGCUUCUGCAAAUGGGCGAGUUGGGGCCACUGCUGCUGUUUACUUGGCCUCAAUUCUUGAGUAUCUCACUGCUGAGGUCCUUGAGUUGGCUGGAAAUGCAAGCAAGGAUCUGAAAGUGAAGAGAAUAACUCCAAGGCAUCUGCAGUUGGCCAUCCGGGGAGAUGAGGAACUUGACACCCUCAUCAAGGGUACCAUUGCUGGUGGUGGUGUGAUUCCUCACAUCCACAAGUCCCUCAUCAACAAGACCACUAAAGAUUAAGUUAGCUCUUAUGAUGUCUUCUAUGUCAAUGUUUGGCUAUUGUAGUUUUCUGUCAGGAUUUAUCUUUGUCAUUGUCUCUGCUAGGAACAUCAGGGUUACUAGUAUAUAUUUUGUGUAAUCUGUGUUUGCAGGUUUCGACUUUGCCAGGGUAGGAAUGUUGAUUGUUGGAUAGUUGUUAACUUAUAAGACAGUUUCUUAUUUAUUCUUUUUGAGCUUUGAUUUAGAAGUUUCUACAUUUAGCAAGCAUUAUUGUAGUACUGUUGGUGGUUUCUCUCUAAAGCUGGGUUUGAAGAUGCACAAAAUAGACUCUAGCCUUUCUU